GGUGGGUUUUUCAAUAACAGUUUCAGCCUUGACUACUGGUCUUGUCACCGUAGGAUCAUCAGCUGGUGGAUCUGCUCUUACAGCUGUUUUGUAGUUUGUUAGAAAAAUAUAACACCUGAAACAAUAAUAUCCAGCUGACCUCAAGAGCUGACAGUAGUUUUUUUUUCUUGAGUAGUUACAAAAAGAGAAGGAGAUUAAAGUGUUGGUGUCUGACAGACUGUUCUGCGCUUCUGAACUUUUGUUUUCUGUGUUGUUCUGCGAACUUUGGUCUCUGUUGCCUGAAGUGUAAAUGAUUGGGCUGUGCGGACUCGGACGUGGUUUUCAGCUGGCGUCUGGUGUUGCUGGCAAGCUCCAGCCUUGGCUUAAAAGAGGCGGAUGUGAGGGAAUUGUGCGUACGUUCCCACCUCUGCGGUCUGUCAUCGACUUAUCCUACACACAGCACUUCAUGGAUUUUCAUCGCUCCUGCAUUCCCAGCUCCACGAGCAAGCUGGUGGUCACAAAGCUCAGUGCUGAUUUCCGAGAGGCAGCCUCCCUUGUGCACAAUGUGCCAGUACCAACACCUGGAGAUGGGGAGUUGCUGGUCAGAAAUCGGUUCGUUGGCAUCAAUGCUUCUGACAUCAACUAUAGUGCAGGUCGAUACGAUCCUUCUGCUAAACCACCCUUUGAUAUAGGCUUUGAAGGAGUUGGUGAAAUAGUAGCCCUAGGCCUAACUGCCAGUGCCAAUUACACAGUAGGCCAGUCUGUAGCCUACAUGUCAGGUGGCUCCUUUGCUGAGUACACAGUUGUUCCAACCAAGAAUGCCAUUAUGGUGCCAUCGUCAAAACCAGAAUACAUUACUUUUCUCGUCAGUGGUGCUACAGCUUAUAUAAGUUUGAAAGAACUUGGAUCGCUAUCUGAGGGAGAAACCGUUUUGGUAACGGCAGCAGCUGGAGGCACUGGCCAGUUUGCAGUUCAACUUGCCAAGAAAGCCAAGUGCCAUGUUCUUGGAACCUGCUCCUCAGAUGAGAAAGCUGGUUUCCUAAAAACUAUUGGCUGUGACCGUCCCAUUAACUACAAGAAGGAAAAUAUUGCUACAGUCCUUAAAAAGGAAUGCCCCAGAGGUGUGGAUGUGAUUUAUGAGUCAGUGGGAGGAGACAUUUUUGACUUGGCAGUCAAUAAUAUGGCUGUCAAAGGUCGCCUUAUUGUAAUUGGAUUUAUUUCUGGUUAUCAGACUCUUACUGGACUCAAAGCAAUAAAAGGUGGAACCCUGCCAGCAAAGCUGCUACAGAAGUCUGCUAGUGUCCGUGGUUUCUUCUUGUUGCACUUUCAUUCACAUUAUCAAGAAGCACUAAAACAGCUGUUGGCGAUGUUUGAAAAAGGAGAACUUGCUUGUGAGGUAGACUGUGGAGACAUGUCUCCUGAGGGAAGGUUCAUUGGCUUAGAGUCUGUUUUCCGUGCUGUAGACUACAUGUACACAGGGAAAAACAUUGGAAAAGUUGUAGUUGAACUGCCACCUUGUGUCAGCAGUAAACUUUAGAAAAUUCAGAAGAUAUGUAAUUCAAACCAAUAAUGCAGGCUGUUUUACUCUGAUCGAUUCUAAAAUCCUUUCUGUUCUUUUUUAACACUGGUUAGUAACAGAAUUGUUUGCCAAAUGUAAUAAGAGUAGUUGCUAAAGACUGAUUUGCAAAGAGAAAAGGUAAGAUUUAAAUACGUAUGCAUGCUUUUAAGCUGUAAAGCUGUCCUCAGUCUGUGUGCAGGGUUAUUGUAGCCCAAGACUGUCCUUUCCAUUUUUAUGUAUUGAGCAGUGGCCACCAUUUUGCCCACUUGGUAAAGUGUUCCAUAUCCUUCCUUAGACCCCCUCACCAUUCUUCAUUGAUGCACCUAUCAUAUCAUCAGUGAAGAUACUGAUCCUGUUCAGUUCCCUCUGAAACAAUCAGUGAAGUAGACUGGUGACUGGACUGACCCCUGUGAUAUUCCCCUAGUCAUUUGUCUUAUUCCCGAUAUUGUCCCUGUCAGCAAAAACCUCUGUGCCCUCCCUAUACCUUUCAACCAUGCAGUAGUCCAAUUUUGUCAAUCUGGCCUUCUCUAGCUGCUCCAAUUUUCUUGAUAGCAACAUGAGUGGGAUUAAGUUAAAGACCUUGAUCAAAUCCCGAUAGACUGUAUCUACUGAUAAUUUCAGUUUCAAGUUCUGUAAUAUUCUCAUAGAUCUGGGCAAGUUUCACUGACAUCUCUUUCUGGCCGUGAACCCUUGUUUUUUUUUUUUGUCCAUGAGUUUGUUAUCCUGUUGAAAGACAGAUGACCUUCCCCUCAGGAUUUUCUCCAUGACUUUCUUUGCCACUGCUUUUAGACUGAUUAGCCUGUAGUUCCCUAGAUUUUUCCUGCUUUCAUAUUGUGCAAGGGUAGGAUUAUUGCUGUUUUUUGUGUUCUUUGGGGGCCCAUUUCUAAAUCUUAGUAACUGGAAAUAUAUACUGAUACCCUUCUUCUACACCACUAUGCAAGCUACUUUGCCAAUUUAAAAUAUGAUUUUUUCCCCCAAACCUGUUAAUCAUUUCUAAUAUUUGUAAAAUAGAUGGAUGAAUGUGGCUGGUCUGUCUGAAGAAUAUAUGUGACCCUAGAUAAGCAUCUUAAGUUAGUUUACUGGUCCAAAGGGAAUUCACACACGCUUCCUGUAGUUGACAAGACAUUACCAGAAGAUAAGUAUGUCACAAUGAUCCGAGACUUGGAGACAUAAGAUAAAAAUCCAAUCAUAAGUUCAGAAAUCAAAUUGUGUUUCUUAACUGCCUGGCAAGCAUCUGUUCUUUAGUUUACUUGUUAACCCUUUGUGUUUAUUGUCUCCUGAUCUAUAACACAAAAUAGUUUGCUAAUAAUACAAAUAUUUUUUCUAAUUGUAAUAAAGAUGUUUUAAAUUUC